AGUUCGUUUCCCGGCUUCUUCCCUCUUCCGUUCCUUCGCUUGCCGGCCAAAGGCGAGGAAGUUAACGAAUCCACUAGUCGGAUAGAGAGAUUGAGAGCUUGGUUAGAUCGGAGGAUCUGGGGAAAUGACGCUCAACAGCGUUCUGCUUCCGGUAUCGGAGCCGCCGCCGCCGCCUCUGCGGGCCGUGGACGAAAGCGCCGCCCCCAUUCUCCGGGAAUCUUCCAUGAGCCGGCGAGGUGCCUUCGUUGCACUCUCCUACAUGGCCUGCGCAGUUCUACUUGUUAUGUUCAAUAAAGCAGCCCUAUCUUCAUAUAAUUUCCCUUGUGCUAAUGUUAUUACUCUAUCCCAGAUGAUCAGUUCAACAUGCUUUCUUUAUACAAUGAGGCGUUGGAGGAUAAUUUCUUUUACUAAUGGUGAAGCACAUAAAUCAGGCCUUGUGCCACCUCAAACAGUGUUGCUCACCCUUCCUCUUUCCCUUGCAUAUUUGCUUUAUAUGUUGGCUACUAUGGAGUGUGUCCGUGGAGUAAAUGUUCCAAUGUAUACCAUGCUUAGGCGCACAACUGUUGUGUUUACAAUGACUGUUGAGUACCUAAUGACAAGGCAAAAGUACUCAUUCCCAAUUGUUGCAAGUGUUGCAAUGAUUGUCUUUGGAGCUAUUGUUGCUGGAGCUCGAGACUUAUCCUUCGAUGUUUAUGGCUAUAUCAUGGUUUUCAUCGCCAAUAUGACGACUGCAAUUUAUCUAGCAACUAUAAACCGCACUAGUAAAACCAGUGGACUCAAUAGUUUUGGGCUCAUGUGGUGUCACGGAAUAGUGUGUGGACCGAUUUUGCUUUUCUGGACAUACAUUCAUGGUGAUUUGGAGCUCACAAUGAACUUUCCCUAUCUUCAUUCUCUUGGUUUUCAGAUUGUGAUGCUAUUUUCUUGCAUUUUGGCAUUUUUCUUGAACUACUGCAUUUUCUUAAAUACAACAUUGAACUCUGCACUAACACAGACAAUGUGCGGCAAUCUGAAGGAUCUGUUUACCAUCGGACUUGGCUGGUUGUUGUUCGGUGGGCUUCCCUUCAACAUGUUGAAUGUUAUUGGCCAAGCUCUUGGUUUCCUCGGCUCAAGCUUCUACGCGUACUGCAAACUCAAGGGGAAAUAGCAUUUCAUCAGCUAAGCCCAUGCAUCCAGCUACCGCUUAAUGGAACUCGAAAAUAGGCUUCCGAUGGCUACAUGCGAGAUGGGUGGGUGUCUUGAAGAUCUAACAAGGCUUCCAUCAAUGCAAAGUUCAAUUUGGAUAUAAGUAAUCUCUAGUUCCACUAGAUUUUGAUGACAAGAUGGUAGUGUUCUUGUGUCGAUCCAAAUUGAACUGAUAUAUUUUGUGUAAAAUAUCGAAUAUGGAAUGUUGGGGAUAACAUUACAUGAAGGAUUAAGUCUCCAUUUCCAUUUGGUCAGCUAAUACGUGAAUUAGCACUCCACUCAAUUGUCAUUAAAAAUUAAACUCCAUUAAGUGAUCAAAUACAUGUUGUAAGAAGGGGGUUGAGUUA